UACCGGACUCAGAUCUCGAGCUCAAGCUUCGAAUUCGCCACCAUGGCCAGCAAAGCGGUAAAGACAUCCGAGAACCAGAAGAAAAGGAGAUCCCGCGAUGCUGCUCGAAGUAGACGCGGUCAGCAAAACGACGAGUUUGUCGAACUGGCCAACCAGCUCCCACUGCCCGCAGGACUGUCCUCACAACUGGACAGGUUGUGCAUAAUGCGUCUGGUCAAUUCCUACAUCAAAAUGAAGAACCUUCUGCAGAGUCUGGUUAGCCAGGACACUAAGAAGAUCGUCAGUCUGAAUGUGGCUGGAACAAUGGUGUACGACAAGGCCUCUCUCGGCGCUCUGGAUGGUUUUGUGUUCGUAGUUACUCCUGAUGGUCAGUGCAUCUAUGUAUCUGACAACAUCACCCAUUAUAUGGGCCUGACGCAGAUUGAAGUUACGGGCAACUCAUUCUACAAGUACAUUCACCCGUGUGAUCACGAAGAGCUGUCCAAUCAGUUGGGCGGACAGAUUCCUCUCGAGGACAUGGAGAUAUUCGAUGGACUGUUCUGUUCCGAUUCCGUGUUCAUGAUGUCAAACCACCUGAAAGGGGAAAGCAAGAAAAGCAUUCACGAAAAUCCGCACAAAUCAUUCUUUCUGAGAAUUAAGAGCACGCUGACCUCCCGUGGGAAGAAUGUCCAUCUGCGAGCCUCUACUUACAGAGUGGUGCACUGUACUGGGUGCAUGAAAAUGUCCGUCAAGGUGUCAGAUAGCGGAGAAGAGGAAAAGGUGCCACUCUUCAUGGUUGCUAUUGGCGUGCCCCUUAUGUUUACCUCCACUUUCGAGGUACCACUGGAUCGCGCCACAUUUACCAGUCGCCAUAGCCUGGACAUGAAGUUUCUCUCAUGUGAUGACUCUGUGAGUGACCUCCUUGGCUUUACUCCUGCUGAGAUCGUUGGGAAAAGCUGGUAUCACUUUCAGCAUGCAUGCGACCUGGAUACAGCCCUGGCCUGUCACAAAACUCUUCUCACCAAGGGGCAGAGCGUGUCCAAAUACUACCGGUUUCUGGUGCGCAAUGGAGGAUGGGUUUGGCUGCAAACCAAGGCCAACAUUGUGUAUGACAGCAAAACUUGUCAGCCCCAAUUUGUCCUCUGCACAAACUACAUUAUCAUGAGGGUCGACGAGAAGGAUUUCGUCCUUUCAACCGAACAGUUGAAUCCAAUCCCUGCACCAUUGGGGCUGGACCUCGUGGUCAAGAAAGAGAACGAGAAAGGAAGAGGUAGAGGCACACGAAGGAAACACAGCAUCGUGUUGGAAGAAAGGACCAAAGUUCUGAAGGCGACCGCCAAUGAGCAACGGCCUUCAGCAGAUAUCAAACCUAAGAAGGAAAGCAACCUGAAAAGCUGCUGCAUGAAAACACUCCCAAAGCAGGCAGCUAAGAAGUCUUGUCAGUGCCUCGAAGAUGUGGACUGCGAGCACAUCAACUUUCAGGAGUGCAUACCCGUGGCUUGGGACACCAAUGACGACCUGAUCGAACAGCAGAAGGAGUAUGAGGAGUUGCUGCAGACCCAUUACGGCGUCACAGACGAUUUCCCUUCUCCGACACAGAGUGAGAAUAGCACAGCCGAAAACCGGGUACCGUAUAUCCCUAGCCCUUCCAAUGACCAAAAUAUCGACAAAGGCAAGGUGGCCAAUGAGGAGGAAGAGAACUUCGAUGAGAGGGCGCCAUUCAUUCCCCUGAGUAUCAUGGACUCUGAGCUUGAUUGCGAUGAUAACCUGAUAGUAGAAAUCCCCUUUCUGGAUAGCCCAAUGAUUCCAAGUCCAAGCUCAUGGCUGCUCAAUGCAGACGAGAGCAUACCAUCUCCCGGUUCCUCUGUGAUGCUUCCACCCGCAAAUCCUCCUCCCUACAACUGUCGGCCUUCUCUUUCUAACUCCAGUAGCCCGGUGCUGAAUCGGAAAGAAAUUCCCAUGGCCGUGAAACGGAACGGCUAUGUUACGAACGAAACCGCCUAUAAGGGCAAGGCCUUGUUCCCCAACAUAUCUCCCUGGGAGGCUGAAGUCAAUGCACCCGUGCAGAACAUUAAUCUGCUCCAAGGGGAGGAUCUGCUGGAAGCGUUGGAGUGUGGGGACUUCCUUCAUCAUCAUCACCACCAUUGA